AUGUUUAAAGUGCCAGAUAAUAAGGAGAAAAGAAAACUGAAAAGACUGAAGAAGAAUAUUAAUGAAGUGUUGUUACUUUCUGGUGAUGAUCCUACAGCAGUAGACCUAACAAUAAUGACAUCCCUUGGGCAUUCAUUUGAUGACAAAGAUAUUUCUUUGAAACUCUAUGAAAAACUGCGGACCAUGCGACAUUUGAAAGAUCCUCCAAAAAUCAGGCUUAGUUUAAAUAGGCUGAACGGUGUGAGGCUUGGAAGUCGGAAUAUCGCUGAAUUGGUGCAUUACGUGUCAUUCCACAGUAUUGAUAAACCUCUUUGGAUAUCAUUAAGACCAAGUCGUGGAAUACUGCAAACAGUCACUUUUCGAAUCGAGUGUGAUCUCGAAAUGGUAGAAACUAACAAGAAAGAUACAUACAUCGAUGAACUAUUCGGCUCAAAAUCUUUCAUUAGAAUGCAGACGGAGGUUUGGAACAGUAUGGAGUUUUGGACAAGCAUGCUUAAUGUCCCUCUUUCAAAGUUUGAACGUUUAAAAAGAAUUGUCAACCACACUAAUAUUCUUGAGGAACAUAUUAAAUCUGAUGUGAAAGGUGCAAUACUAGUUACUUUGCGACAAAUGGUAGAUUUUUGUUACCCGUUCCCCAAAACAGGUUGCUUGGAAGUCUUGACGCCCGUUAUACCAACAAAAGAGAGGUAUGGUGCAGUGAAAGCUGAUUCACCGUUUUUUGCAGUUGAUUGUGAAAUGUGUACCACAGAAACUGGGGAAAGUGAACUGACCAGAAUAUCGAUUGUCAACGAAUGUUAUGAAGUUUUGUUGGACACACUCGUGAAACCGAGAAAUAGAAUUGUCGAUUAUGUCACGAAGUACAGUGGUAUUACUGAGAAGAUGCUUGAAAAUGUGAAUGUGCGGGUUGAGGAUGUACAAAAAGCUUUAUCGCACAUUUUGCCAAACGAUGCAAUUUUGGUUGGGCAUACUCUUGAAUGCGACUUCAAUGCAAUGCGUAUCACACAUCCAUAUUGUGUUGAUAUAUCUCUCUGUUUAAAUUUAUCUGGUAAAGACCGACAACGAUCAUCUCUAAAGACUUUGGCGAGAAUAUUUCUGAAUGAAGAAAUUCAAGGGGAAAAUGGACAUUGCUCUGUUGAUGAUGCUGUUAUUACUAUGCGACUACUGAAAUACAAGCUUUCUCAUGGAGUUCAUUUCGGGAAUGUUGCUUUGGGAUGGAGUUUUGAUGACUGGGCUCGUGAAAAUGGCUUAACUAAUUCUGGAGCGCGCAUUAGUAAAAGUAAAGAUUUAUGUACAGAAGCUCGCGUUAAUCAAGAACCACAACGAAAGAAACGAUGCCUGGAUGUUAAAAAUAUAGCACGGACUUGUGACAGAUGUGGUAGGCCGUUGUCUGUUGCUUGCAUUGUUCCUUCUUGCGCAUGCAAGGAAAAUGUCGUGAAGUACUGCGUGAUAUGCUGUUUAAAUUCUGUACCACCACAAAUGUCGAGCGAAGAACAACCAGCCUUGAUUUGGAGAUGAGUGCUUUUAGUUUUAUUAUUUAAACUCACUAAUCUCCAGGACAGCAUCAAUUCCAGAAUGGAAUUUCUAUUUGAGAUUUUACAUUCUUCUGCAGUCACAACUAAUAUGCUUAAAUUUCAGUGCAGUUUCCACUUAUUAAAUGACCCAUUAAUAAUCAUUUCAGUGAUGCAUUCCAAACUUGUGCU